GCUUACAAUUUUCAAUUGAGAGUUGUCAAAUUAAUGUCACCGCAUUAUAUACAUUUUUAAAAUUCAGCAGAUGGUGUUUGAAAUUUUUGUGUUCAAAUUAUGAAGUAGGGAGAUUUUCAUAUAUAAAAUUGAAAAUGUCGACUGGUCAGGGUUUAUUUUUGGUAGAAUUUCUAAUUACUAAAAUAAAAAUUGAUCCUGCUGUUCUGCCAGUACCUAAGCUUCAAGAUUUAAUGAUUCAUAUUCGAUGCCCCGAAUUUCUGUUUCUAGAUAUUAUUCCUGAAGAAUUUAGAACCCCAUCUAUGAAACCAGAUCUAAUUCCAUCCGACGGAGUAUUUGAACUCAAUUUUGGAAAAACAUACAUCUUUUCACAUUCUUCAGAGGAACUUAUAAAAAAUAUGCAAACAACCGAGUUAGAAAUUAAUUUAAGGAUAUUACGAAAAACAGUGGGUUCAUGUAGUUUUCCUUGGAUAAAUGAAUUUACUAACAUGAUAAGUAUUUUCGAAGUUAUUGGAGUAGUUAAAAGUGUUAAUUAUGAAGGUUCCUUCGAAAUGAUGUCUCUGUACCAAAAAAAGGUUGGCCAGGUAGAACUAAUGAUAAAAAUGUCUUGUAUGGGAAUUGGAGUUGAAACUUAUUUUGGGAUACUGGAUGAAGGAGGCGCUAUAUUUAUGAAUGCCAAGUCUGAUGAACAAUUUAAAUGUGAAAGGUACAAUUUUAACGAUGAAGUUGUGACGCCAAUCGCUUGUAUUUACAAUCCAUUAAUAAGUUGUGUCCCAAGCAAUCAAAAAUUGUCUUGGACAGAACUUUUUGGUAGCAAAUUUGCAGAACCAAAACAAAGUAUUGCUCCGAUUAUUAUGGAAGACAUGUUUUGUGUAGCAGGCCCUACUAAAUCAAGGCGUCAACAACUAGACACUAUUAGUCACGGAAGCGCAUAUGACAUUGUUUCUAUGGUAUUUCGUCCUCCAGAAAAUAAGUUUUUCGAUUUUUUGAACUUAAUGAAAGCAGAGGUUAACGUUAAAGAGGAAGAAACUUUAGUUACAGUUGCUAUGGAUAAACCUAAGAAAUUAACCACUGCCUUUUCAGACGACGUUCAAGUCCAUACUCAAGACGGUGAUAGUGUGCAUAGGAAAUCUUCCGUGACAAUGUUAACAGCAGAAACAAUUACAAAUAAAUUAUGCAAACAUAAAGAUUGUCCCGCAGCUAUCAAAUUUAAGGAAUAUGGAAUAGGUCCUCUUGCUACAGGACAGGGUUUGGGAACUCUUUACAACAUUGUGGAGCCUCCAGUUACCUAUGGUUUGAGUCAUACGUAUGGACGUUUUGAACACUAUGGACCAUAUGGUUGUUUUAGAAGGCCAAAAGAUCCAAAUCAACCCUAUUACCCGCCCGCAGAUCAUUAUCACGCAGAAAAUGAAUUCGAAAAAUCUCAAUUGAAAUGCUCUUGUCAAAGACUUAGAGGCGGUUGCAUUAAGAAAUUGGAUGUGAAAAAGCAAAAGGGCUCUUCGAAGAAUAUAUGCGAACAUAAACAUCCAAUCGCAGGAAAAGAAAAACCAAGAACACUACGCCUUAGAGGAGGAGGAGUUUUCGGUAUUGAAACGCAUUUGGAUACUCUUAAAUACUGCGAGAGAGUCAUAAAUCAGUGUGACAUACUGUUGGGAAAUUUUGAAAAUUGCAAUCUCAAACAAAAAAAUUUUCGACUUAGAGGUGGAGGUUCAGCUGACGCAAAUGACAUAUCUAGAACGUUUUUUCCCAAAUCAGCUAUAACUGAAUGUAAACCAAUUAUGGACCAGUUCGAUCAAAUUGUGAAUGCAUACAAGAAAGCUUUAGGUCCUUGUGGAGAAGUAACUUGCCCAUAUGCACAGAAUAUAAUAGAAGAAAAUUGUAAAACUUAUUGUAAGGAGGUGAAAUUAGUUGCACCUCCGGAAGAGGAAAGUUGCGAAGACAUUCCAUGCAACAAAGACAUUUGCCCUUACACUGAAAAAUCCUUCCUCGCUGGAUGCGGCAGUGCAAAAUGUGCUUAUGCAAAGUAUAAAACAGGAUUGGUGGAUGAUGAUGCAGCAUUAGAACUGAUGUUUCUUCCUGCCCCAGUGGCGGAUUCAUGUGGACAUCCAAAAUGUAAAUAUCCUCUUGAUCCUCCUUUACCACCUAUUCACUGGGAUUGUCCAGACCCGUUACCGGUAGAAACAUGCAGAAACCCUAAUUGCCCCUAUCAACCUCCUGAGCUACAAACUAUAAAAUGUCCGGCUCCGAAACCACAACCACGCGGGCCAUGUGGAAAUAUUAGUUGUCCUUACGCCUUGCCAAGUCCGUGUAACAAUCCAAUUUGUCCAUUCAGACAGACCCCAUGCCCAUUUAUGGAACAAAAAAAUAGAGGUGAUGUAAAUCCCACUUGUGAAUUGAAAGAUAAUGAUGAAGAAGAUGAUAUAUGUGAUAAUCCUGAUUGUCCUGCCAGGAAAAAAGACGAUGAUGUUUGCGACAAUCCUGAUUGUCCAUUCAGGCAAGAACCGGACCGAAGCGUGAAUGAAUAUUGUGGUAAUCCAAGCUGUCCUUCAGCUCCUAAAUACCCAAAGAAAGUGAAAAAAGAUAAAUUUUGUGGAUCACCCAUGUGUCAGUUCAAACCUGAAAAAUCUAACAGUAACGAUAGUGUUUGCAGUAAUCCAAACUGUCCAUUCGCUCAAAACAAGACUACAGUAUGCGGCAAACCAGACUGUCCAUUUUCCGACAAAAUUCAACAAAAAAGCGUACAGAAAAUGAAAAACAGUAAAUGUGGAAACCCAAAUUGUCCGUAUGCUGAAAAAUCCGAAACAAGCGUUUGCAGUAAUCCAAAUUGUCCAUUUGCUAACAACAAAAAUGACAUUCGUGAUAAUGCUGGUUGCUCAUGUUCAAACAAACAAGACAGUAUUUGUGAUAAUCCAGAUUGUCCAUUUGCUAAUAAAAAGGACAGUGUUUGUAGUAAUCCCAAUUGUCCAUUUGCAAAUCCUGUAAAUAAGGAUAGCUUUUGUGGUAAUCCCGAUUGUCCAUUUGCUACAUCUAAUGCUAAAAGAAGGAAUUAUGAUACCUCAGAAAGUUCUUCAAUUUGCGAUAACCCCGAUUGUCCUUUUGUCGAGAAAAAAAGUUCCAGCUCCAUUUGCAGCAAUCCCUAUUGUCCAGCUGCACAAGAAAAACAAGACAGUUGCGAAAAUCCCGAAUGUCCGUAUAGUAAGAAAAAAGAAAGCUUUUGCGGUAAUCCUGAUUGUCCCUUUUUCAAGAGAAGUGGUAAAAGAGAAAAUGAAGAUGGUGAUGGGGAAGACGGCGGUAUUUGUGGAAAUCCACUUUGUCCUUAUGCAAAUAAGGCCAAAAAUAGGAGCUCCUAUUGCUCCGACCCUUUAUGUCCUAAAGCCGAUGAGCAAGGAGAAAAUAUUCGAGCCCGAACUGAAAUUAUAAUGAAGGACGGAAAAGCAACUGUAACAGCAGAAGUGAAGGCAGAUACAAGCGGCGCUGCUCCAAGUAAAAAAAUAAAAAAGAAAGGAAAAUUCGUUUAUUCUAUUGGUAACAAAUAUCCUGGAGUAAAAAUAGGGCACAGGGAAUGUGUUUUACCUAGGCGUAAUGUACCAGCUUAUAUGGGAUGGUUGUGGAAUAAAUUUACACCUAUACUCCAAAUGAAGCCAAGAAGAGGCUGGCGACCCGGAGCUAUCGAGAAGACUAUAGCGAAACGUAUACUGGCUCAUAGAAACGCAAAGGGAUUGGGAAAACUAGUACUUCCAAGAUUCCCCUACAGAGGAGAAGGCAAAGGUCUUGUGAGAGGAGUAUCAUCGGAUUCUCUCCAUAUUAAACCAAAACCUACGUUGCACAUACAAAAAAAAGAAGGGACUUAUUUCAUUACAAUGAAUCCGUUAAAGGAUUCUAAAACAUUGGCAGAUAACGAAGACCCCUACAUCGAUUGUACUCCUAUGCAGUUUAAAAUCACGAAACCCAAAAAGAAUGAUGAUGAUUCUAAAUUAUGCCAUUGUGAUGAUCCACAAGAAUCUAGCAGCGAUAGUGAGCUAGAUAUAGAGUUCACUUCCCCAGCUGGUAUAAUCCAUCCAGAAAGAUUUGUGAAGAAAAAGAAUAUGGCUACUUGUGAUACUCAAUAUGAUCCUGCAGAUUUUGAAGAAAAAAAAUCGAAGAAGGAGGGAAAAGGAGGCAAAGGAAAAGGCAAGAAAGGAGGAAAAGGCAAGAAAGGAGGAAAAGGGAAAAAAGGUAAAAAAUGAAACAGUACUUGGAAAAUAUUGAGAAAUCACUUUGCUGUAGUUACUGUUUACAAAGUUUUUAGAAGUAAUAUAUGAAAAAUUUUUACUAA